GGUCAUUCUCUCCAACCUGUGGGGAAGCCAAAACCUCAAUAUAAUCUUCAGAAUCAGAAUAUGGAAGAAGGAGCCCCUUCAUUAGAUGCCAAAGGAAAAGUAACAGGAGAGAAGAUGUGCUCUGAGAUGAUUAUUCUGGGAUCUUUGAUCUUGGUACCUCUACACCCAUCUUUUUUUUUUUUUCCCUCCAUUUAUUUUUAUUAGUUGGAGGCAUUUUUAAGGAAAAGUCUUUUUAAGUCCCUGCUGCCUGGAACCAAGUUCAUUGUAUUCCUCCCUCUACUACAUGUCAGGACCACCUGGAAUCUGUUGUCUAGGGUUGCCAUGGACACAGGAUUCUUAUUCUAGUACUGCCUUGUUAGCAGCAGCAGGAAAAGUACCCAAGUCACAAAAUGCGCCCCACCGCCCCGCAGCCCCAGCUCUGUCCAAGACGCAGCGCCUCCGCUAAAGCAGCCUCGCCUGAAGAUUAACUGUAGAUUAAAUUCAACCUUGAAACAGACCAUGCAGGGAUUAAAGAAGAGUUCUUUAUAUGCCUGGCUCAUGCAUCCAAAAAAUAAAGUUAUGGAUGCCUCUUUAGGCUCCUCUGACAACGUUGACAAGAGAGAUAACUCAGUUGAACUGACAUCAGGAACCUAUGAGGACACCAUCUAUGAAAGUAUUGCUCCGAGUGUAUGGACUACAGCAUCCUCUGAAGUACUCUCCAAUGCAAACACUGCCCUGAGUGAAAUGACAGCAGCGUCAUCUGCAAGAUUCCAAAUGGCAAACACUACCUUGACUGAAUUGACAGCAGGAAAACCUACCACUGAUGGACCUACCACUGAAAUCUGUGACCAGAGCAAGGUGAAAAAAGUAACUUAUGCUGAACCCUUCAAUGAAAGCUCUGACUUGUGUAACUUGAGAGGCACUGAUGAAAGUAUGAUAGAAGAGCUGUCCAAGAUUAGUGAUGUUGAUGAAGACAUUGACUUUCUCAAUCCCCAAUACAGCAAGAUAAAGAGAAUUGUGUACUUAAUUAUAUCAUCCUUCACUUUCAGAAUAUUUGCAAUCCUGCUGAUCUUUGUGGACAUGGCCCUCAUCAUCAAAGACAUAAUUUUCUUUAGUGGCACGAUAUAUAUUUCUUUGGAAUCUCGUUUAAUUUCUCUUGCUAUUGCUUUAUUUUUUUUCAUGGAUAUUUCUCUUCGAGUGUUUAUAGAAGGGAUACAACUGUAUUUUUCUGAUAUAUUUAACUCCUUAGAUGCUGCCAUUAUUAUUGUGACUCUACUGGUUGAUAUCACUUAUCUUUUUUAUGAUUUUACACUUACUAAAAUUUUUCCCAGGUUGAGAAUUAUUUUACAACCUGUAAGACUUGUCAUUCUGAUAAGAGUUUUUCAUCUGGCUCAUCAAAAAAGACAUCUUGAAAUGUUGACCAGAAGGAUGGUUUCAGGAAACAAACGGCGGUACAAGAAGGAUGGAUUUGACUUAGACCUCACUUAUGUUACUGAGCGUAUUAUUGCCAUGUCAUUCCCAUCUUCUGGAAAGCAGUCUUUCUACAGGAAUCCCAUUAAGGAAGUUGUGCGGUUCCUGGAUACCAAGCACCCAAACCACUAUCAAGUCUACAAUCUCUGCAGUGAAAGAGCUUAUGAUCCUAAGUACUUCCACCAUAGGGUCCAUCGAUACUUGAUUGAUGAUCACAAUGUCCCCUCUCUGAGUGAGAUGGUGGCGUUCUCCAUGGAAGUGAAAGAGUGGAUGGCUCAAGACAAGGACAAUAUCAUAGUGGUUCACUGUAAGGGAGGCAAAGGAAGAACUGGAACUAUGGUCUGCGCCUACCUUCUUGCCAGUGAGAUAUUUGCCACCGCGGAGGACAGCCUGUAUUAUUUUGGAGAACGGCGAACAGAUAAAUCCACAAGCAGUAAAUUUCAGGGAAUAGAGACUCCUUCUCAGAAUAGAUUCGUUGAAUAUUUUGCAAUGGUGAAAAAUAUCUACAAUUUGACUCUUCCUCCAAUAAAAAAACUCACCAUCAAAAAAAUCGUGAUUUAUUCAAUUCAUGGUGUUGGAAAAGGCAAUGGACAUGAUCUAAAAGUACAAAUAAUAAUGCAACGAAAGACUGUCUUUUUCUGUUCUGCUUCCAAAAACUGUAGGAUAUUUCAUGAUGCUGAAACAGACAGAGUAAUAAUCUUGCUCUCUAACUGCCCACCUCUGUAUGAUGAGGUAAAAGUGAAAUUUUUCUCUUCUUCGGCUCUUCCUAAAUACUACGACAACUGUGCAUUCUUCUUCUGGUUCCAUAUGUCUUUUAUACAAAAUAACAGGCUUUAUCUAUCAAGAAGUGAAUUGGAUAAUCCCCAUAAAAUAAAAGCAUGGAAAACUUACAGUCCAGAGUUUGCAGUCGAGGUAUAUUUUGAUGACAUUUAAGUUGUUCCUGGUAUCUGAUUAAGUAUAGUUCCCCUUCUAGGCUAGAAUCAUGUUCUUCCCAAUCCUUGCUACAUAUUUAUAUCUUUUAAACCUAUGUUCUUGCUGAUAUGCUUAUAUUUAUAUACAUGUACAUAUGUUUUUGAGAAAUCUAUUAAAUAUAUACAAGGGAGAAUGUCAAUGGCAGUUAUUUUUUUUGGAAGGUCUAUACAUCACAGUUUUCGUCUGAAUUAAGUUUGAAACAGGACACAGAACAUUAGUUAUCACUUUUAAGAACUUACAAAUAAAACUUUCCCACCAAAAUAAGAUUUAAAGACUGCAGUUUCCUCUAAUACUGUGGGUUUGUUUCAUUUACUUAUAUAUUUCUGGACAAGUAUUUAUUCCCUGCUUUGUUUUACAUCUGUAACUUCAGAUGUUAGAAGCUAAUUUCUUUGACUUACAAACUAUUAACAAUGAUCAGAAUGGCAGCAAAAACGAUUUUAAAACCCAGAGAAAUGUUCACACCAGCAGCCUCCCACACCCAACACGGUUUUAUUUAUUUUUUUAACUCCACCGCACAGAACUUGGCAAGCUUCCUUUAAUUAUACACAGGGCAUCGAGGGAGGGUAAAAGAAUCUUCGGUAACCUCUGCUUUUGUCCGUCAUUACUGAAGUCAAAGGGAACAUUUGCCUAGAGCAAUCUAGAUUUGAAAAUCCACCACUCCUGCCCCCAACCAGCUUUACCCAAGUUUGGAGAACUUUGAAGUAAGGUCAAGUUUUCAUUAUAGACACUGGUUAGCCCUGUG